AUCCGGAAGCCGCGCAAGGCGGAGCCGGACGGAUUGCCAACCAGGAGGCGGCGGCGGCGGCGAAGGUCAAAUGGCGGCGCUGCUGGGCAGGCUCUCGCCUUGGGCUCUGGGCUCCGGAGGGCAACUUUUGCCUAUUUCGCCCCUGAGUGCAAUUGCAGUGAGGUUUGCAUCUAAGAAGAGUGGAGGCAGCUCCAAAAAUCUUGGGGGGAAAAGUCCUGGGAAAAGUUAUGGAGCCAAAGUAACGGACGGAAAGUUUGUCCACGCCGGCAACACAUUGGCGACACAGCGGGUGAUUCGCUGGCACCCAGGGGCUCACGUGGGAAUCGGCCGCAACAAGUCGCUCUACGCGCUCGAAGACGGGAUUGUGCGAUACACGAAGGAAGUCUACGUGCCGCGUCCCAGCAGCAAGGAAAGCACAGAGGUGAUCUGCCAGUUACCCAAAGGGGCUGUGCUGUACAAAACUUUCAUCAGCGUCGUUCCCACUAAAGAGGUGGGGAGUUUCAAGUUGGUCGAGAUGCUCUGAGACUUUUGAGGUCUCCUGGACGACAGCAAGGAACUGGCCAGCUUUAUCCGAGCCCGGAUAUAAACAGGUCUGAAAACACUGCUGUAGUUCUGAAUGGACUUCUGUUCCGUCACCUACGGUUGGCUGCUCAAUACAGUCUAGGCACCAGGAAUGUAUUCUCAACAAAGGGGAUGUUGUUGAAAUUUCUUUUCCAAAAUAAAAAGGCAGUUCUAUCCUCUCUUAUCAUCUUACCAGGAGAGGUAAUUCAA